UUUAUCAGAACUAUGAAGACUACUACUAUCAUCUCUCUCGGCUUUGCCGCCACAGCCUGUGCGAACAUAGUCAUCAACCAUGUUCCCUUGACAUGCGACCCAAACAGCCCCAAAGUUUACCAUGGUUGUCUUCGUGGCCAAGAAUGUAUGGACGACGGCAGCUGCAUAGCCUCUAAAAACAUCGACUACCCUAUCUCCUUCCGCCCCGUAAUUGACAACAUGCCCAGAGACGCACCGGUAUACUCUACCGACGGAGAUUGCGGUCCCAAUUCCGGCAAUACCAUAUGUGAUCCAAAUAGUACGGUUUAUUCUGGUGGAUGUUGCUCGCAAUACGGAUUCUGCGGAAACACUGACAAUCAUUGUGGUGAUGGAUGUAUCUCUGGAUGCAAGCCUCGCCCAGACGGACAAUGUGGAACCAAAUUCGGUGGCGCUCCUUGCGACCCGAAGGGUGCUUACGGAGGAUGCUGUUCUUCAUACGGGCAUGUUAUUCUGAUCAGAUACUGCGGCUCUACACCAGAACACUGCCUUACAAUUAAUGGAUGCCAAAAUGGCUGCACAGAUGGUCCAUCUACCACGCCUGUGAUUGCUGACCCACCGCCGACUUCGACCCCUGCUGAGCCUGUUAUCGGACCCGUGUCGACGACAACAGCACCUGGAGCUACGGCAACCGGUGUUGUAACCACUGAUGGAAGUUGUGGUACCUCGAAUAACAACACUGUCUGUGGUAACUGGCAAAAUGGGAACUGUUGUUCCAUGUAUGGAUUUUGUGGGAGCACCAGUGCACAUUGUGGUGCCGGAUGUCAAUCUGGGAAUUGCCUCAACGCUCCAGCCGUGGCUGCUCCAGGUCCAAGUCCAGCACCUCCCGCUCCAAAUGGAGGAUCCUUUGCCGUUAUCGGUCAAUCUGGCGUCCCCGCAAUGCACGCUGCUCUUAUGCCAAAUGGCCGUGUGAUGAUCCUUGAUAAGCUGGAGAACUACACGCAAAUAAAGAAUGCAGAUGGCUUCUAUGCAAUGUCUUCAGAGUAUGACCCUGGGACCAACAAGGUUGUACCUCUCGCAUACUUGACGAAUGCGUUUUGCUCAGGUGGUGUAUUCUUGGCAGAUGGGCGUGUCGUAUCUCUUGGAGGCAAUGCUCCAUUGUUAUUCAUUAAUCCUAACAUUGGUGAUGGAUUCAAUGCCAUUCGAUACCUGUCUCGAUCAGCAACGGAUGCAAACCUCGACGGUCAAAGCUGGAGUGAACCUGGGAAUAAACUCGCUAGUAAUCGAUGGUAUGCCACUGCUCAGACAAUGCCUGACGGAACAGUAUUCGUCGCCUCCGGAAGUCUCAACGGUUUUGACCCUACAGUUAUAUCCAAUAACAACCCGACGUAUGAGAUCCUCAAUCCAGUGGCUGUGUCGCAAGGCAAGAACAUCCCCUUGGCCAUCUUGACCAAAAACCAACCUUACUAUAUGUACCCCUUCGUUCAUCUCCUGAGAGAUGGCACCCUCUUCCUGUUCGUCGCCAAAGCAUCGCAAAUAUUUGACGUUCAAUCCAAUACUGUCAUCAAAGAGCUUCCGGAUCUCAUUGGCGACUAUAGAACGUACCCAAACACUGGUGGUAGCGUCCUACUUCCCCUUUCUAGCGCGAACAUCUGGGAGCCAGAGAUUAUCAUUUGUGGGGGCGGUGCCUACCAGAAUAUCAACGCUCCCACGGAUCCAAGCUGUGGUCGCAUCGAACCUCUAAGCACAGACCCAAAGUGGGAAAUGGACUCUAUGCCUGCAGGUCGGGGUAUGGUGGAAGGAACAUUGCUUCCGGAUGGAACAAUUGUAUGGCUCAAUGGUGGUAACCGCGGCGCCCAAGGAUUUGGACUCAUGAAAGAUCCAGAACUAGGGGCUCUUAUGUAUGAUCCUUCCAAGCCACUUGGUCAGAGAUUCACCACUCUUGCAAUCUCCGCCAUUCCUCGACUUUACCACUCCGUCGCACUUCUGCUGCUUGACGGUACUCUGAUGGUCACUGGAUCUAAUCCUGUGGAGAUGCCCAUACUGACCCCCAGUGCUCAAAAUCCCUAUGUCACGGAGUUUCGAGUUGAGAAGUAUGUCCCGCCAUACUUGCAAGGCGAGAACGCAAACAGACGCCCCACAAACAUCAAUAUCUCGUCACAUACCAUCAAGGCUGAUGGAGGCAAGUUUGUGGUCACCUUCAACGCUCCUGCCAACGCACAAAAGGGACAGGUGGUGUUGUAUCACGGCGGAUUCGUGACUCAUUCGGUGCAUAUGGGUCAUCGCAUGUUAGAGCUGGACAUUCAAGGUUGGGUAGUAGGAGGAGUUCAGCAAAGCCUGACAGUCUUCGCUCCUCCGAACAACAACGUCGCCCCUCCCGGACCAUACGUAGUUUACAUCAUGGUUGAUGGUGUACCAGCAAUGGGACAAUUCGUUCAGAUUUCUUGA